AUGCUUUGGACGUUUAUUCUCCUUUCUUCACUUGUUCUUUGUUCAAACGCAAAAAACAAUUCACUGCUUAAACCAGUUUCUAGAAACAGUGUGGAACAAAAUGUUUGUCUUGAAAAACUUAUUAGUAAAGUGAGUCUUCCGGACUCUGAAAUUUUUUUUAUUAACUCGCAAUUGAAAAUUCCUUUUCCCGUCGUGUAUCAGGAUUUAUCACUGGAGUAUUUUCACAUUUUCAAAUUUCGUAAACCAAAUGUUUACAUUAUCACACUACAAGACAUUCAAGUUGCAACAAUAGUAGAGUCUCUUUUAAAAUUUCAGAUUUAUAAUCCAAGAGCGACUUUUAUCAUAGUCGUUUCUGAAACAGUUGACAAAAAACAAAUCCUUCUACAAUUAUCAAAAUAUUUCAUUUACGACGUAAUUUUGUUGACUAGGGAAAGUUUGCAUUUGACAACAUAUGAACCCUUUAAAAACGAAAAAGUUUUUGAUGAAAACAUUGAACCAAAAAUUUUGGCUAAUUGCGAGUCUUUUGACUUAUCAAUGAUGGCUGAAAAACAAUUGCCGAAAUUGUGGAGAAAUACAACAGUUUCAGGAGUGUUUCACGAUUUUUUCCCAUAUUUGUAUGAAGGCAAAUCCAGAAUAGAAGGAGGUGAUUUUUACCUUUAUAGAAAGUUUAUUCAGAAAGCUGGUUUUAAAAAUCACACUUAUUUGAAAGUGGAUUUUGUCGGUUUUGAUAAAAGAAACGGUAGUUAUGAUGGCGCUUUAAAAAAACUCUUCGACCGGGAAGCAACCAUACUAAUAAACGUUUACGAGGCUCAUGAGCAUUUAAUCCACGAUUUUGAUAUGGUACCACUCCAUAUGGGUACUCCUCAGUACUGGGUUGUACCACAUGCACGUCCUCGAGCAUACUGGAAAGCAAUAAUUUAGUUUAAUUAUGAUCUUUGGUUGAUUAUUACACUCUUUCUCGUUGUGUUAAGUCUAAUUUGGACGUGUUUAGACAACAAAAAUUUUCUUGUCUCAUUUCUGAUAAUGUAUCAAAUAUUGACUGAAAUAUCAGUUUCUAGUGUUAUCAAAGUUCGCUCAAAUUCGACACGAUUUUUAGUAUUUGCAGUGCUUUUGCCAUUUCUAGUUCCAUCAACAACAUUCAAAAGUGCAAUGAUUCACUCACUGACAAGCAAUUCUUACGAAACACAAAUCAAUUCUUUGAAAGACAUAAUUGACUAUAAAUUAACCUGUAAUAUCACAAAAUCGAUUCAAAAAACUUUUGGACACUCAAACGAUACUUAUGAAAAAUAUGUUAAAGCAUGUCACACUCACCAAUCUGAAAAAGAUAAUAACAAAAUUUUUGAAGAAAUUGUAAUCAACAAAAGAAACGUUGCUACAAUAUCUAGAAUGACACAGUACAAAAGAGCUGUAACAAAAUUUUAUCAAGCAGGAUACAGAGGAUCUUUAAUGCAUGUAAUACCAACACCUAUAGUCUACACUUACAUGAAUUUUUAUUUGGCGAAAGGAAGUCCUUUUUAUUAUCGGUUUCUUGACAUUAGUAAAAGAUUCCAGUCGAGCGGAAUUACAAAAAUUGUGUAUAGAAAUCAAGUCUGGGAAUCAAAAAGAGUUAUCAGUUUUCAUCAACUGCUAAAUUCCAAGAAUUUAUCAAUUAGACAAGUCGCUGUGGCAUUUUAUAUUCUGUUCAUCGGACUGGUUGUUGCUUUUGGAGUAUUUUUAGUAGAAGUUUUAUACAAUUUGUUUUUUAGAUAA